CUACACACAGCGGAGCGACCUGGUAGUCUGCUGCUUAUCCAUUGCAAAAUCCUUUGCUCUGUUGCUUUUUUGGUGUGUUCACCACUGACAUUCGCUAACACUACUGAUAAAUGCUACACGGGCUGGAAGGUGACUUCACUGCCAUGCUAAUGGUGCUGAUUGGUGGUUAAGCUAGCGUUGGUCUUUUAGAAGGCCUAGGGUGAUAUAUUUUUGGUCCCUCUCACUAUAAAUCAAAAUAUGAUUGGUUAAUUCAUGUCACUUCCUGCAUAAAUAUAAACUGCCAUGGCCUUCUGUUGGUUCAUAUGCUAUGAUAUUAAUAUUCUAUUCAGAAUGAUUCUGUGCACUUGCAAAUGGUUUGCUCAUACUCUCAUCAAGAGCUUCGCUUUUAGGCAGUGCCUAAAUAUCUAUAUUGUUGGAUUAGAGAGUAUUUACUAUACUCUCUUACCACAACAUUAGUUUCUCAGCUUGUCACAUGUACUGGCCUUCAGGCUUCACGUUUUGUCAUUUUUUUUUUUUUUUUUGGUGGGGAGACAUGGGACGAAAAUAAAAUACCUCAGCCUACAUGUUUAAUUUUUAUUCAUUAUCAAAACUUGUAACAUAUGAGCUGUAUGAAAACUGAUGUUGGUACAACGAUAGAAAAAUGUCAGCGUAACACACAUAGGUGGAGCAUGGAAGGUGGGAGUUUAUUUCACACACACUAUUUUUGUGAUUUCUCGUUGCUAUUCAGCUUUCAUCACUCGCUGCUCAAACACAUGCACACGUGCGCGCGUGCACACACGUGUUCUGGUCGGGAGAGACCUCUUCUCUGCUCUGCCCCUCCUUUUGUGCUCCACCAUCCCUGUAAAAAACACACACUUUAUAUAAUUAUAUAUGACACCAGGUGUAAUGACUUAUGCCGCUUUUCCACUACCAAUGGGGCUGAGCCGUGCCGUGCUGAGUCGAGCUGAGCGGGGCUGUUGGAGUUGCAUUUCGACUACAACCGGGCUGAACCGUGCUGGCUGGAAGUGGGUGGACACAUUGGGUGGAGCUAGCGAAAGUGGGUGGACACAAUGGGUGGUGUUAGCGAAAGUGGGUGGACGUCACGUGAUGUCGUUAGGCGGCGCAAACAGUGACAUCAGUGAGCUUUUAAGCGGAAGUCUCACGACCCGGCUAGUAAACAAUAAACAUGGAGGACAUGGAGUCGUUAGUGUUGCUGGUCUUGUUGCUGUGGCUUGUUGUCACCGAAAACGCCAACAGAUACUGGCAAGAACGCAUAGAUGAGGCGAGGCGCAUAAGGCUUCAGAAAGAGAGGGAACUUCUUCAAUUCCUUCUCAAUGACGACGACACAGACGAUACGGACGACACGGACGACACAGACACAGACGAUGAAACAGUUUCUGACACGGAGUACGAGCUCGCCAGCAAGAGACGACGUGUAAUGGCGGUUAUUGGAACACGCCGCACUCCUUCAGUGUGGUCGUUCAACCAGACAUCUGAGUGGUGGGAUACAAUUGUGCCCAGUUUCAGUACAGCGCAGUGGAUUGAAGUCUCCUCGGACAUCCGGAAGUUGUUCGAUUACCUUUGCAACAAACUGCGUCCAGCUAUGAAGUUGCAAGACAUGACCUUUCGAAGAUGCAUGCCUUUAAAAAAGAGGGUGGCUGUUGCGCUUUGGAAGUUUGCUACUGGCUCUGAAUACAGGUCGGUUGGGCAUCUUUUUGGAGUCAGCAUCCCGUCUGUGUGUCGAUGUGUGCAAGACUUCUGUGCUGCAGCACAGGCGCUGUUGGUGCCCGAACUAAUCCGGUUUCCAAACCAGGAGAAGUUUGCUGAGAUGUCAGCAUAUUAUGAGAACAGAUGGGGUCUCCCACAUUGUGUUGGUGCGAUUGAUGGGUCUCAUAUACCCAUCAUUGCUCCACAAGAAUAUCACUGUGACUAUUUUAACCGCAAAGGCUGGCACUCUAUUAUCCUGCAAGGUGUUGUUGAUGGUAAGGGCCUCUUCUGGAAUGUUUUUGCUGGAAUGCCAGGGAGCUUGCAUGAUGCCAGGGUUCUGAGAUUGUCAACCAUGUGGGAGCUAGCCACCUGAGGAAACCACUUUCCUGCUCGCACCAGGAACAUUGGCGGGGUCAAUGUCGGGUACUACAUCUUAGGAGACUCAGCAUACCCGUUGCAGAAUUGGCUCCUGAAGCCAUUUCAAGACACAGGGCGACUCACUCCAGAACAGCAGACAUUCAACCGGAAAUUCAGCCGAGGUCGAGUUGUUGUUGAAAAUGCCUUUGGCAGACUGAAGGGGAGGUGGCGUUGUCUGCUGAAAAGGAAUGACUGUGAUCUCUCACUGGUGAGGUCCAUGGUGGUGACUUGCUGUGCUCUUCACAACCUAUGUGAAAGUCAUGGUGAAAAAUACAAUACAGAGUGGGACCCUGCAGCAGUAGCAUUGCCAAUGCCAGGUGUUGCAGGGCCACAAGAGGUUGAAGAGGAGGGCAGAGAUUUUCGGGAGGGGCUGAUGCGUUACUUGACGACAAACAGUUUAAUGUGAAGUAACACUUUUUAUAUAUAAAGUUUUUGUUAUUGCUGAUGAUACCGGUGUUGCAGUUUUCCUGCCCUCUCCUCAGUGAAGUUGUCCACCCACUACUUGGGCAUGGAAACAGCCCCCUUUUUUUAUUUUUUUUUAUGUGCCAUCAAUCUUUGAAUAAAACACCAAUGCAAUAGA